CACAUGGCUCGCGGGACAACAUGGCUGCGCCCGCGCUAGGGCCAGCUCAAGGAAGCUUCGCUGGACUCGGUCUCGUCCUUUUGCUGCCGCUGCUCUUGCUGCUGGGCGGAGUGGCAGGAGGCGAAGAAGCCGAGGCUGGGGCUGGUGCGGCGUCCCUCGCGGGCUCGUGCGGUUGUGGCGCUCCCCAGCGGCACGGGGCCUAUGGCAGCUCAGCGGCCGCGCAGCAGUACUCGCGGGAGGCGAACGCCCCGGGCCCGGUCCCUAGAGAGCGGCAGUUCCCGCUCACGAAGAUGGUCCCCAUCCCUGCCGGAGUCUUUACAAUGGGCACAGAUGAUCCUCAGAUAAAGCAGGAUGGGGAAGCACCUGCGAGGAGAGUUGCUAUUGAUGCCUUUUACAUGGAUGCCUAUGAAGUCAGUAAUGCUGAAUUUGAGAAGUUUGUGAACUCAACUGGCUAUUUGACAGAGGCUGAGAAGUUUGGUGACUCCUUUGUCUUUGAAGGCAUAUUGAGUGACCAAGUGAAGUCUGAUAUCCAACAGGCAGUUGCAGCUGCUCCCUGGUGGUUACCUGUUAAAGGUGCUAACUGGAGACACCCAGAAGGGCCAGACUCUACUGUUGUACACAGGCCAGAUCACCCAGUUCUCCACGUCUCCUGGAACGAUGCCAUGGCGUACUGCACUUGGGCAGGGAAGCGGUUGCCCACGGAAGCUGAGUGGGAAUACAGCUGUCGAGGAGGCCUGCAAAAUAGACUUUUCCCCUGGGGCAACAAACUGCAGCCAAAAGGGCAACAUUAUGCCAACAUUUGGCAGGGCGAGUUUCCUGUGACCAACACCGGAGAGGACGGCUUCCAAGGAACUGCGCCUGUUGACGCCUUUCCUCCCAAUGGUUAUGGCCUUUACAAUAUAGUAGGGAACGCCUGGGAAUGGACCUCAGACUGGUGGACCAUUCACCAUGCUGCUGAAGAAACAAUUAACCCAAAAGGCCCCCCUUCUGGGAAAGACCGGGUGAAGAAAGGGGGAUCCUAUAUGUGCCAUAAGUCCUACUGCUACAGGUACCGCUGUGCUGCUCGAAGCCAGAACACGCCGGACAGCUCGGCUUCGAAUCUGGGGUUCCGCUGUGCAGCUGACCACCAGCCCACCACAGGCUGAGUCAGGAGGAGUUUCCCAAAUCCGAGAAGUCGUGUCUAAUGUGCAUGCGGCUUCCUUCAGAACGCUGACCCACCUCGUGGAAGAAUUUCCACAUCAGGUGGGCUACGUACCUGCCCGAUGGCCAAAGGAACUGUGUUGUGAGACCAAAUUGCUGCUGACCUGCAUCAGCAUGUGCGCUUUAUUGUGUGAUGUAUUUCUGGAGCUCAUUGCCAUGUUUUAUUUUUGAGAGUCUUUUAAAGAGGGAGGAGGUGGAGGGCACCCUGAGCUAGGUUUCAGUAGGCCUGUGUUCUACCAGGCUCUGCCCAGGGGAUUAGACCCCAGGGUCCCACACUUGACCUUCCUGGGCCUCAGUGACCUCAUGGGUCCAGUGACAGGGUGCACAACAUGGUCUCUGAGGCUCUCUCCCCACUCACAAAUUCUCUGAGUAUAUCAGAUUCUAUUGUGAUUUCAUAGUGAGAAUUUAUGACAGAUUAUUUUUUAGCAAUUUUUUUCAUGUGUGAAACUUGGGUGAUACUAAUCAUGUAAAUAAUUGUUCUCAUGUUAUUUUCAGAAAAGGAUGAGGGUGGUGGUAGUGAUUCUUUAUAUUCAUACUGCACUUUGUUUUGUCAAGGAAAUCAGUGUCUUUUACAUGGUUAUGACACAUCCCACUUGGGCCAGCAAUGUGCUCUCAAGUUCAGCAAUCUGAACUCGCAGGAAUGUCUGUGGGGUGACUCUACUGUGCUUUAUUUUUAAAAAUUAAGUGCCUUUGGUUCAGGGGGCAGUUAUAAGCCCUAUUUCCCCCACUCCCCAAAGCCUUUGGUGAAUGUGAAAUCUGUGCCACAUGGAGAAACUUGUUUAAUUCUAGAUGUAGGAAAAAAGGAACAAGAACCUUGAAUUGACUAUAUUCAGGGUAUCCAGUAUUUUGUAAUAGAGAAGUAGGAAAUCUUGUUGGCUGUGGAAUAUCAGAUGCUUUGGAUCAUGCACUAUGUCGAAUAAACUGGUAUCUGCUAAA